UUCCGAGGCGCUAUAUUUCUGCAUCGUGCCCAUUCUUCUUGCUCUCAUAUAACCCUAUUUUUCUCCCUCCACACAAUGCAGAGAGUUGCUUUAAGAUCCACUUUGCGCACUGCUAGAACUGCUGCCGGCCGCCGUGCCUUUGGAACCAAGCCGCCUAGCUUCAACCCUACCGUCCCAAAUAGUACCAGCAAAGUUAUCUUGGGUUUGGCUGUGGCUUUCACUGGUUAUGCCCUUGUUUUUGCUAAGGGUAGCAAUAACGUCCCACACUCCGGCCCUACUGAGAUCUUGAACAAGCCGGGUACUGGUGAGAGUGGCAAUGAUGAUGACGAGGAUGACGAGGAUGACACCGAAGAAUCCGAUGUCGCAGAAACUGAAGAAUCCGAAGCUACUGAAGAAUCCGAAGCUACUGAAGAAUCCGAAGCUAUUGAAGAAUCUGAAGCCGCUGAAUCGUCCGAAGCCACUGAAGCGUCGGAAUCUUCCGAAGAAUCUGAAUCAUCUGAGGACCCACACGCCCAGUCUGCUGCCUACAACCCAGAGACCGGUGAGAUCAACUGGGACUGUCCAUGUUUGGGCGGUAUGGCCCAUGGACCAUGCGGUGAGGAAUUCAAGGAGGCUUUCUCCUGUUUCGUCUACUCCGAGGUCGAGCCAAAGGGCAUUGACUGUGUCGAGAAAUUUAAGAACAUGCAAAACUGCUUUAGAGAGCACCCAGAGGUGUACGCCGAGGAAUUGAGAGAGGAUGAUGCCGCUGAGGCUAUUUUGUCCGAGGAGGAACAGCAAACCAGAGCCUCUUUGACCGAGCAAAUCGCAGCCGAAAGAGAAGCCGCCAAGGCUGCCGUCGCCUCUAUCGUCGAAGACAUCAAGGAAUCUGCCCAAGAGACCUUCGACGCCGCCAAGGGGACUGUCGAAUCCACAAAGGAGACCGUUACCGAAAAGGUUGAGUCUGCCAAGGAAACCGUAGAAGCCGUCCAGGACGCCAUCAACGAAAAGGUUGCUGAAAAGUUCGCUGAGACGGCCGAAGAAGUUAAGGAAGCUGUCACCGAAGCUUAGCCUUUUCUAUAGACAAUGUAAAUACACCGGUAAUAUUAAGAUUAGAGAUUCAAGAGUGG